AGAGACUCUUGAGCCACUUCCUGGUGUCGUUCACUACAAACACUUUUCAAAAUGGCUGCGCCCAUAGAAAUAAGCACACAUGAUUGUAAGAGCAGUAUGGCAUCAGUAAAAACUUUAUCUUCUGCCGUUCCUCUUGUUUUUCGUAUCGUGGCCGAGUGUCCCGUCAGCAAAGCGCGAGCUUCUACUCUUAUUCUGCCCCACAGCACUGUCAGUACCCCGGUAUUUAUGCCGGUGGGCACCCAAGGUACCAUGAAGGGGAUCACUGUAGACCAGCUGGAAGAUCUGGACUGUCACAUAUGCCUGGGCAACACGUACCACUUGGGUAUGAGACCGGGUCCUGAAUUAAUAGAGAAAGCCAAAGGAUUGCAUGGAUUUAUGAACUGGAAAAGAAAUCUUUUAACGGACAGCGGAGGGUUCCAGAUGGUGUCUCUAGUCGAACUUUCUGAAGUAACAGAGGAGGGGGUCACGUUUCGUUCCCCGUAUGAUGGCAAAGAAAUCCUGCUUACCCCUGAGCAAUCCAUAGCCAUACAGAACAGCUUGGGUUCGGAUAUUAUGAUGCAACUGGAUGAUGUGGUCAGCAGUACUGUGAAAGGGCCACGGGUGGAAGAGGCGAUGCACCGCUCGGUGCGCUGGCUGGACCGCUGCAUCGCAGCAAAUAAAAAUCCAGACAGACAGAAUUUGUUUGCCAUUAUACAAGGGGGACUUGAUGCAAAACUACGCAAGGCUUGUUUAGAUGAAAUGACAAAGCGUGAUGUGCCAGGCUUUGCCAUUGGUGGUUUAAGUGGGGGAGAGGAGAAGGAUGAUUUUUGGAAGAUGGUCACUUUAAGCACAGACCACCUGCCCAGAGAAAAGCCCCGUUACCUCAUGGGAGUGGGCUAUGCAGUGGACCUGGUGGUCUGCGUUGCCUUGGGCUGUGAUAUGUUUGACUGUGUUUUCCCGACUCGUACAGCAAGAUUUGGCUCAGCUUUGGUUCCCUGGGGAUCUCUGCAGCUCAAACAAAAGCAAUAUGCUAAAGACUUCCAGCCCAUUGAUCCUGACUGCCAGUGUCCCACCUGCAGAAGACACAGUCGGGCUUAUCUUCACGCCCUGUUCAAGAGUGACACUGCAGCCAUGCAUCACAUUACCAUCCAUAACAUCUCCUACCAGCUCACCCUCAUGCGAUCGGUACGUCAGAGCAUCAUCGAGAAGAGGUUUCCUGAGUUUGUGAAAGCGUUUAUGAAGAGGAUGUUCUCAUCCAGUGAACAGUACCCUUCCUGGGCCGUAGAGGCGCUACAAUCUGUAAACAUCACUGUCGACUAAGUGGGUUAAGGUUGUAAAGGAUGAUUUUACAAGAAGCUUACCUUUAAUAGGAUUUAUUUUUGUGGGGGUUUUAUGCAUUUUGUUAUUAUAAUGUAAACUUUUUUACCUUCUUAUUUUUGUUUUGUAAAUAAAAUAUUUUAUUCAUA